ACUUAAAGGACUGAAAUGAAGAUCACAUUGAACUCGACAGAAGUUUCUUAUUUCACGCUCGGUGCCCACGUUGACACGGGACUGUUUAAAUACUUCUAUCUCCUGAUACUUUUCAUGUUGUACUUGUUGAUCCUCUGUGCCAACGUGCUGCUGAUUGUAGUUAUCUGUAUGAACAGAAGUCUCCAUGAACCUAUGUACGUGUUCCUGUGCAGCCUGUUUGUAAAUGAACUGUAUGGUAGCACAGGGCUGUUUCCUCUGCUCCUGCUCCAGAUCCUCUCAGACGUUCACACUGUUCCUGUCUCCGUUUGUCUGCUGCAGGUUUUCUGUCUCUACUCUUAUGGCGGCGUGGAGUUUUUCACUUUAGCCGUCAUGUCCUAUGACAGAUAUCUUGCUAUAUGUUGUCCUCUGCAGUACAACACACGUAUGACUUCUAAUAAGAUCGCCAGGCUCGUUGCUUGGAUUUGGAUUUAUCCUCUAUUAAACAAUACUUUCUUCGUCUUUUGUCUGACUGCCCCUUUACAGCUGUGUGGAAACAUCAUCAACCAGGUUUACUGUGAUAAUCAUUAUAUCGUCAAGCUGUCGUGUUCCGACACCUCAGUGCAAAACAUCUUAGGACUCACUCACAUGUUCACAGUCAUUUUUGGUCAGGUUGUUUUAAUCCUCUACACGUACGUGAGGAUUUUAAAGGUUUGUUUCUCUGGUUCCAAGCAGACGAGACAGAAAGCCUUCAGCACCUGCACCCCCCACCUGGCCUCGCUGCUCAACUUCUCCUUUGGGGUUUUCUUUGAAAUAGUUCAGAGCAGGUGUGAUAUGAGCCGUGUUCCCAAAGCGUUGCGUGUUGUGUUAUCGGUGUACUGGCUCACGUGUCAGCCGCUCGUCAACCCUUUACUGUACGGACUGCAAAUGUCCAAAAUACGCUUCAUAUUCAAGAACCUGCUCUUUGGGAGGAAGAUGUGA